AAACGAUGCGUGUAAUUCUCCUCCCUGCUUGUGAAAUGUUUUAGUCGAGUCGCGACUUCUGAUAAUUAAGUAAUACUGUUUCGGUAAUAAGGAAACUUUUCAAUUUAAACUGAUCGAAUUAUUUAAGUCACUAUUAAAAUGCAUUUUUUUAAAUCAUCAUUUGGAUAAUGACUAGGGUUCUUUUGUGAUAUUCUAUUUUGCUCAUCAGAAGAAUGAGAGGUUAACUCCUUCUCGACCCGAGAUCUUUUCGGAAAACAUCUACCAAGAAAUCUUUCAAGCAACUACUGCCAUAGAUCUACACUUUUCGAAAUCAUCCAAUGUCCAUUUUAAAGAUUACGUAUUAUGAGCUUCAUAGAAACCGAAACCUAUGCCUUCGAUGACUACUUCGGUAUUCAUGACCAGUUUGCUUCUAAUUUUAACAGAGGCAGACCUGGAACCUCACAGAACUCUGGUAGAUCUUUCUCGGUUCAACGCCUCUGCAGAGAGGCCAAUUUUAGAUCCCAGCAAGCCCAAUAUUACAAUUGGAUUUCUCACAUCAUUUGAGUACAUAGGAAAACUUAUAGCUGGCGCUGUUCCAUUAGCUGUUGACAUGGUAAAUGCAGAUGAAGAACUGUUGCCAGAUUACAAUCUCAAGUAUAUAGCGUUAGAUUCCGGUAAAUCUGAGACUGCUACACCCCUACAAAAAAUGACUCAACUAAAAGAGGAAGGAGUUGUAGGAUUCAUAGGAUUGGAUGGAAGUUGUGAACACGAAGCACUGUUAGCAGCUGCUUGGAACAUGACCAUGAUAUCAUAC